AUGCACAAGGAACACUGUCACCAAGCUCAAGGUAAGAGAGCGAGAGCGAGAGAAGACAUGAAGCAGCUGCUGAACAUGAGGAUAAGAAGACAUGAGAGCAUGCUGUGGUUUCUGGUGCUGAACUGUGUCCUCUCCAUGGGAGGACAUGUCACAGAGGGACAGAGAGAUGGAGAAAUUAUCAGUCAGAUUAAAAUGACAAACAUUGCACUGGCUGAGAUCAAAGAGCUUCUGAAGCAACAGAUUAAAGAGAUCGUAUUCCUGAAGAACACAGUGAUGGAAUGUGAAGCCUGUGGUAUGGGAGGAUUGCAGCCCCGUCCCUCCUGUAUGCCAAACCCCUGCCACCCAGGGGUGAUGUGCAGGGAGACACCUCAGGGCACAGAGUGUGGCCCCUGUCCCGAUGGUAUGGAGGGUAACGGUACCGACUGCACUGACGUGGACGAGUGCACGGUCAUGCCGUGUCACAUGGGCGUGCGCUGCAUCAACACGUCCCCAGGUUUCCGCUGUGGUUCCUGUCCUGCUGGAUACACGGGCCCACAGGUGCAGGGCGCUGGCCUCGACUACGCCAUGGCUAACAAACAGGUUUGCAAGGACAUCAAUGAAUGCGAGGGCCCCAACAAUGGUGGCUGUGUGGCAAACUCAGUCUGCAUGAACACACCUGGUUCGUACAGGUGUGGUCCCUGUAAGACCGGCUACAUCGGUGAUCAGCGUCAAGGCUGCAAACCUGAGAGAGCCUGCGGGAACGGACAGCCCAACCCCUGUCACGCCAGCGCAGAGUGCAUCGUUCAUCGAGAGAGUGAAAUUGAGUGUCAGUGUGGAGUCGGAUGGGCAGGUAACGGCUACCUCUGUGGCCCUGAUAUUGACAUUGAUGGGUUCCCAGAUGAGAAACUGAACUGUCCUGAGAAGAACUGUAACAAGGAUAACUGUCUCACUGUCCCCAACUCUGGUCAAGAAGAUGCAGACAGAGAUGGAAUUGGAGAUGCCUGUGAUGAGGAUGCAGAUGGAGACGGGAUCCCCAACAUGCAGGACAACUGUGUGCUGGUGCCUAACGUGGAUCAGAGGAACAUCGAUGAGGACGACUUUGGUGACGCCUGUGAUAAUUGCCGUGCGGUGAAAAACAACGACCAGAAAGACACAGAUGUGGACAAAUUUGGUGACGAGUGUGAUGAAGACAUUGAUGGAGAUGGGAUCCCCAAUCACCUGGAUAACUGCAAAAGGGUUCCUAACGUCGACCAGAAAGAUCGAGAUGGAGACAAAGUGGGAGACGCCUGUGACAGUUGUCCUUAUAUUCCCAACCCCGACCAGAUGGAUGCGGAUAACGACUUGAUCGGAGACCCGUGCGACACCAACAAGGACAGUGACGGUGAUGGUCACCAGGACUCCCGGGACAACUGUCCAGCUGUCAUCAACAGCUCUCAGCUCGACACGGACAAAGACGGCAAAGGAGACGAGUGCGACGAUGAUGAUGACAACGAUGGAAUCCCCGACCUGCUGCCACCUGGUCCCGACAACUGCCGUCUCAUCCCCAACCCUCUGCAGGAAGACCUGGAUGGCAAUGGUAUCGGUGAUAUAUGUGAAAAGGAUUUCGAUAACGACACCAUUAUCGACCACAUCGACGUCUGUCCAGAAAAUGCUGAAGUAACCCUCACUGACUUCAGGGAGUACCAGACUGUUGUUUUAGAUCCAGAGGGAGACGCACAGAUCGACCCCAACUGGGUGGUGCUGAAUCAGGGAAGAGAGAUAGUCCAGACAAUGAACAGUGAUCCUGGUUUGGCUGUUGGUUACACAGCUUUCAGUGGCGUGGAUUUUGAAGGGACAUUUCAUGUGAAUACGGUAACAGAUGACGACUAUGCGGGAUUUAUCUUUGGCUACCAGGACAGCUCCAGCUUCUAUGUGGUGAUGUGGAAGCAGGUGGAGCAGAUCUACUGGCAGGCAAACCCGUUCAGAGCUGUGGCAGAACCUGGCAUCCAACUGAAGGCUGUGAAGUCAAACACAGGUCCUGGCGAGAAUCUGAGGAACGCCCUGUGGCACACCGGCGACACCAGUGACCAAGUGAAACUCCUGUGGAAAGAUGCUCGCAACGUUGGCUGGAAGGACAAGACGUCAUAUCGAUGGUUCCUUCAACACCGGCCUGCCGACGGUUACAUCCGAGUUCGUUUCUACGAGGGUCCUCAGAUGGUGGCAGACACCGGCGUGGUCAUAGACGGCACGAUGAGAGGAGGUCGACUCGGAGUCUUCUGCUUCUCUCAGGAGAACAUCAUCUGGGCCAACCUGCGCUACCGCUGCAACGAUACUCUACCUGAGGACUUUGACACCUACAGAGCCCAGCAGGUCCGGUUGGUGGCCAGAUGAAGCGUGGGACAACAGCCACGCCUGCAGGGAAAUUCAGGGAAACUUUCCAGUGCACGACGACCCGUGAGGAAGAAAAGAAACAUCUCUGAAGUGAGAUGACGUCAGUUUGACUGUGCUCCAAACUGGGCACAGAGAAGAGGAACCUUUGCAGCAGUAAACACUCUUCAGAGGGAACUAGCACACAAGAGUCAACAAAUAUCCAUCAGGUUUCCAAGGAAAUCUGUCUGAAUAAACUAAAUAUCAACUAUAUUUUAGAACUUUCAAUGUAUACUUUCUGUAAGAAGAGCUAUUGCAAAGAUUAACAUAUCACAAAUGAAUAAAAGUGAAUUUGACUAAA